AUGACAAUUUACGUCCCUCCUUUGAACUUUUCCCUUGUGGAAGAUGGUAUAUAUAGAUCUGGCCAUCCUGUGCCCAUCAAUUUCCCAUUCCUUAAGACUCUAAACCUUAAAACAAUCAUCUAUUUAGGUGAUAAAGAAGACAAUAAUGAUUACUAUAAUUUCAUCAAGGAUCAAGGUAUAGAAUUCCAUUAUAUUAAAAUGGAAUCAUCAAGUGAACCUUUCAUAAUGAAUGAUCCAAAAGCCAUCUUGGAAGCUUUGGAAAUUAUAGUAAACAUCAAAAAUUACCCAAUUCUAAUCCAUUCAAAUAAAGGAAAGCACAGAAUUGGUGUAUUGGUUGGUAUAAUGAGAAAAUUACUACAAGGUUGGUCCAUUACUGGUAUAUUUGAUGAAUAUGAUAAGUUUGCUGGGGGAAAAGGUGAAAGUGAUAUAGAAUUUAUUGAAAUGUUUGAACUACAAGAGAAAUUAAUAGUUGAUAAGCAAAAUUUACCAGGUUUUGUAAGAUUAGAUAUAUGA